UUAAAUGCACCAACUUGAUCAAAACAGUACAGACAUGAAAAGGUUUGAAUCCAGAAGACGAAAGAACGACAGGAGUGAACCACGCAACGGAAGGGAGGUUGGGUUUACGGACAUCUGAAAGCGGCCAAAAUGCCACCAUCACCACCGCCACCACAUGAAUGGUCCCCUUACUGCUCCCCCGUCUAUAAAUGACGUCGCGGAGUUCACCAUUUUUCUCAGUUCUACCAAAAGUGUGGACAUUUUAAACAAGUUCGAGCAGUUGCGGAGCUUUGAGGAGUUGAGGAAUCGAUAGAGCAAGGGGUUGAGAUUUGCUCUUUUCCUGUGGAAUAGGAUGGGAGAGCAUCGGCCGAUCAUUCCUGAUUUGCCGGACGACGUUGCACUGGAGUGCCUGAUUCGGGUGCCUCAUGCCUGCCUGGCGGACAUGGGAGCGGUGAGCAGGCGGUGGAGGGAGCUUGUCGACAGCCCCGAUUUCUAUGGGGAGAGGAAGCUCAGGGGCACCGCUGACGCCUUCGCGUGCUUGGUUCAGCAGCGCGCGGUGCCGGCGGCGGGGGCCCCGGCAGAGGAGGCGGGGGCGAACCGGAAGAGCUCUGGCGGCGGCAGGGGUCCGCCGGUUUACGGCAUCACUCUGUUCGACCCGCGGAGAGGGAGUUGGGAGAAGCUGCAGCACCCGGACGAUCACCAGGGCGGCCUCCCUCUCUUCUGCCAGUUCGUGUCCGUGGCCAGCAAGCUCGUGAUCCUCGGCGGUUGGGACUGCGUCACCUGGGAGGCCACCCGCCGCGUUUACAUCUAUGACUUCAAGACUAGGCGGUGGACGAAGGGGAAGGACAUGCCUGGCCCCGCUCGUUCCUUCUUCGCGGCAGCGGCGGCGGAGAGCACGACUAGCGGCGGAAGAGGGGGCAUGGGGGGAUUAGUGUUCGUGGCGGGGGGCCACGACGAGAGCAAGAACGCAUUGAGAACAGGGGCGGUGUACGACGUCGGAAGGGACGAGUGGGAAGAUCUCGGGGAGGCGAUGGAGGAGGAGAGAGACGAGUGCGAGGGGCUGAUGGUGGGGAAGGAGUUCUGGGUGGUGAGCGGCUACGGCACCGAAGGACAGGGCAGGUUCAGGGACAGUGCCGAGGCCUUCGACACGGAGACCCGAAGGUGGAGGCGCGUUGACGGCGCGUGGGCCGGCGGGACAUGCCCGAGAUCCUCGUGCCUGGGAGUCGCCGGCGGGGAUGGUGGCAACGCUAAAGUGGUGUGCGUCGACGCCGAGGGGGGCAACGGAGCGGUGAAAAUGGGGAGGUGCGUGGUGGGCAUGGGAAUAAGCAGGGCGUUGGUGACAGGGUCCGCGUACGAGGGGGCGCCGGCCGUCUGCUACUUGGUGGACGUGGGGAAGCAAGGGGGAGCCUGGAAACAGGUGGAGAUGCCGGCUGAGUUUUCCGGUUUCGUUCAGACCGGCUGUUUCAUGGAGAUCUGAAGAAGGCCUUUUCCCUUCUUUUUAAUGUGAAUUUUCUCAAUUUUCCUUUUCUUUUCCAUGGAGCAGUUCAGAAUUCAGCAGAUGAUGAUGUUUUUUUCUUCCUACUAGUAAGGUGAUGUAUGUACAUAUAUGGCGAUGCCACAAGUUAUCGCUUUGGUUCUGCAACUCCAAUCCUUUUCUUUUGCUUUCUUCCGUAA